AAAAUGUCAACAAUAUAAAAGGGAUAUAUAUAUAUAUAUAUAUAUAUAUAUAUAUAUAUAUAUAUAUAUAUAUAUAUAUAUAUAUAUAUGUAUAUAUUAAGGAAAAGAUAAUUGAAAUGAAUAAAAAAAUUAGUUUUGGAAAAAUAAGUGCAAACUUUAGUCAAAACUCUGAAAAGGUCGAAGCAACUGGUACAUUUGGAACAUUCGGUCCCCCUAAAGCUAUACAAUCAUUAGAAGAUGAUGCAGAAUCCCAACAGUUGAAAAAUGUAAUGGGUAUAUCUGCUUUUGGAAAGAAAGCGAAAUCUUUCGAUAUUAAGGAAAUGGUAGCACAAGUAAAGGCGACUGCCAGAGAAAUUACUAAAAAACCUGAAGAAUCUGUAGAAACUGCAGAAGAAAGUAAUGAGGAAAGUGAUGAUGAAGACUUUGUAGGUCCUCCUGUUCCAGAUCAUUUACUUCCUAGUAAUGUAGAAAAAUCUAAUAGUAAUGAUAAAAAGGUUGAGAGUGAUGCUAGUGACGAAGAAGCGGAAGAAACUGUCGAUAAUAAUCUAUUUAUUCCUUGUACUCAUGAGACUCAAAUGAUACAUGGAACAAAAGCUGUUACUGCCCUGUGUUUAGAUCCAAGUGGCGCUCGACUUGCAUCAGGUUCUGUGGAUUAUGAUGUUAGUUUCUGGGACUUUGCUGGUAUGGAUUCUAGUAUGAGGAGUUUUAGAACAUUACAACCUGCUGACAAUCAUCCUAUUAGAGGACUACACUAUUCUAGUACAGGAGAUCUGCUGCUAGUCAUAUCUGGUGCAACUCAAGCUAAAGUAAUAGACAGAGAUGGAUUUGAAAAACUUGAAACUGUAAAAGGAGAUAUGUAUAUAACAGACCAGGCAAAAACAAAGGGUCAUACAGCAGGUCUGCUAGCAGGAACAUGGAAUCCAAUUACAAAAGAAGAGUUUCUAACUACAAGUGCAGAUGGAACAGUAAGAACAUGGGAUUUCUAUGAAGGUGGUAAACAACAUAAACAAAUAAUAAAGUGUAGAGCUCAAAAUGGUCUAAAGGUAUCUCCGAAUGCAGUUAAUUAUAACAGAGAAGGAAAAGUGAUAGCUUGUGGUUGUGCUGAUGGUUCUAUACAACUUUGGGACUUCAGAAAAAGUUCAGUAGCCCCAGCAAAGCAAAUAAGAAAGGCACAUUCACCUGCAGAAAUAACAAGUAUAUGCUUUUCUCAUAUUGGUGAUAAUCUUUUAACUAGGAGCUGUGAUGGGACUAUGAAGUUAUGGGAUAUUAGAAACUUUAAACAAUCUAUAAAUGAAGUAGGAGAUUUAUACACUAGGUAUGAUACUACCGACGCUAUUUUUAGUCCUAAUGAUGAAGUUGUGGCUACUGCAUUAUCACUAGAGAAAGGUCAGAAAAAUGGAGUAAUGCUAUUCUAUGAAACGAAAUCUUUCAAUUUGAUCAGAAAAAUGCAAAUAACAAAUUCACAUACAAUCAAAAUAGCUUGGCAUCCAAAAUUGAAUCAAAUUUUUGUUGGUACUGGAAAUGGCUUGAUCAAAUGUUAUUAUGACGAAAGACGCAGCUUAAGAGGAGCUACGCUUUGUGUUGUCAAACACCAUAGAAAAGCUCAGCAGUCUGAAGUUGUCAGUUCUCAACAAAUUAUAACACCACAUGCUUUGCCAUUAUUCAGACAAGAACGAAGGAAAACAAGUAGGAAGCAAAUUGAGAAAGAUAGAUUAGAUCCAGUAAAAUCUAAGAGGCCAGAUUUGCCUAUCACCUCUGGUCAAGGUGGUAGGGUAGCUUCUAGUGGAGGUACCCUUAGCAGUUAUGUUAUUAGAAAUUUGGGAUUGAGUAAGAGAGUUGAGGAUGAUCAAGAUCCAAGAGAAGCAAUUUUGAAGUAUGCAAAAGAAGCAGAAGAAAAUCCUUAUUGGAUUACUCCUGCAUACAAAAAUACUCAACCAAAACCAACUUAUGCUGAAAAUGAUGAUGACGAACCGGAAGAAAAAAAAUCUAGAACAGAAUAAAUUAUGGCGCAAAAUAAAAAUAUUUAUUCCA